AUAAUGAAGAUUAAAACAUCUAUGUGUUGAUCACAGGACUUGUUGGCCACAUAAAUUAGAUUGGAAACUCUUUAACCCAAAAAUGACCGUUACUUUACAAAUGAAAAUCCCCAAUUUGUAUCUUAAAUACACGUGUGCCAUCGUAUGUCUGUUGUAAGUAAAGCCCAAAAGAGUUCCGAAUAAAUUGUUAGUCGUCUCUAUUAUUAGGUACAUCUGUUUUGAUCAUCACGUUAUUUUCCAGUUGAUGCUGGUUCUAGAAGGUACGUCAACACACUUCUAAGAAACUGCAAGGAUGCUUCCUUGUAGUCUUAAGCAGUUCCCAUACGACCCAUUCAAACAAUACUGCACAAGGGAUGGACUCGUCCGUUCUUGUGACCCAUCAAUGUGUAAGCUGGGAGAGAAGGAGUGGGAAAGAAUGGCCUGUAGUCUCUAUUGUGGAGAUUAUUCUGGAGAAAAAGAUGGGAACGUGCAAAUAUGGAUGAUCGCACCAAUAGCAGUUGGUGUGAUAUGUGUAGUGAUAAUAAUAAUUCUGUCAGUGGUAAUUAAACGCCUCUGGCCCAGAAAACAAAACAAGAAGUUUGAACAAAGUGACUCAGAAGAGACGAAAGUUUUCAUAGGUGCAUCGUCCGAGCUUGACAGUGCUGUAGGAUCUGAUGUAUCCCACAAAACAGGAAGUGGACACAUCUCGUGGAUAUCUCCACAAAAUAACCACGUGGACCCUCAUACACAGAGAGACUCGAGUGUAGCAAUGGCAAUAACAUCCGGAAAUAAAGAAAUAAGGGGCUGUCAUGGCGACGACACCCUAAUAAAGCAACAGAAUAUGUCCUUGUGAUAUCUGGACUCUUUAAGUACGAAUGUGAAUGACUGAUAAUUCAGAUAUAUGUAUCUUCAUUCAAUCAUACAUCAUAUGAUGGAAUUCGCUUUUAGUAGUAAUUGUCAUUAACAAUAUUGAUUGACAUCGGCAUUUCAUUGUUUUCCUAUAUCUUUGUACUGACAUCAUCAUUUGUAUUUAACCAUCUUUUUGAGCUAAUAUUUUUAUGUUGUUGGGAUAAUAUGGGAAAACGUAAGUUUCAAAUAUAAUGACAGGCCUUGAUACCUAAGAAUACGAUAUUAAAUGUACUUUCAGUUUGACUGAAAGUGGUGUAUGAUUAAUGAUUUGUAGAAAACGCAGAAUUAUCUUAGGAAGCAUCAAAUCUAUGAAUACAUCCAUUGAUGUAUAAUGUGUAAAUAUAAAUGUUUGGUGCUAUUUUCGAACGUCCAUCUAUUAACUAUCUGCUUAUCAUAGGAGAUGUCUUCAAUCAUAACUAUGUAUAUGUUGUUUUUGUAACUCUCUCUCUCUCUCUGUUUAUGAUUGUAUAUAUAUGUAUCUAUAACAAUAGGCCAUCAUCAACAUUUAUAUUAAAUACUAAUUACUUGGAACGGGCUUUGUGUGCCCAAUCCUUUAUGUAUAUUUAUAUGCAAUAAGAUAUGUUUAAAUAAAAAAAUAACUGUGUAUGCUAAUUUUUACUUUUGAUAAGGAGCUAUGCAGCAAGUUAGUAUGUACUGAGGAUGUACACAAUUUACAAUUUUAGAAUAUUAACUUGAGGUUCUAAAUAAAAAUGUGUGUUUUGAAUGUAAUAGUUUCAUUAGUAUAACAUGACAAUUCUCUAAUCUAUAAACAAAGUCGUCCAUUGUUUCAUGUUUGUAUUUGCUUAAUUUUAAACGUGUAAAUGAGUGUACUAAUAUGUCACAUUUCACUACUACACACAAACUUUGACUAGAAUUCUGCUUAAUUCAUAAGUUUCAUUAUUAUAUGUUACUUGCUUGC